UAUUUUAUCCAAUAAAUUUAUGAUAAGCAAAUUCCAAGUGACAGAAUAUUCACAUCACACUAUAGACAAAAACGAAAUUAAUAAUUAUGACACUAUUAUUUGGAUCGCUAAUUAGUUUAAAGUAAGUGCAGAGUGUCAUUGAUACGUACAAAAUAGAUACAUAAAAGAUAAUUUGUGAAAGAUGGGUUUAUUUGGAGCCUCGAAUGAUACCACCAUAGCAGAAGUAGGUGAGUCAUGUAUUUAUGUAUUGCACAAAGAAAUAUUUUUUGUUCAUAUUGAUGCGUCAGUGUGAUUGCACGCAAUCUUAAGUGCGUAUAAUUACUUCCUAGAGCAAGCUACAAGUGAAAAAGAUGUAGAAGAACAUUGGGGUGUUAUAAUGAGCAUUUGUGAUAAGGCUGGAAAGUCUCCUGAUGAUGCAAAAAACUAUUUAAGAGCCAUCAUUAAAAGGCUAUAUAACACUGACCCUCAUAUUGGCGUGAAAGCCGUCACCCUUUUAGAUGCUUGUGUCAAGAAUUCAGGCAAAACAUUUCACAUUGAAGUUGCCUCUAGGGAGUUUGAAAAUGACUUCACAAGGUUGAUGAGUAAGGCACAUCCAACUGUUGCAAAGAAAUUAAGAGAAUGUUUGAAAAGGUGGGCAGAGAAUGAAUUCAAGUCUGAUAGAGAGUUAAAUCUCAUUCCCUCAUUGUAUACAAAGCUGAAAGCUGGUGGUUUGGACUUCGCUUCUUCAGAACCUGUGGUGAAAAAAGUUUCAGCAGUUAAUAAAGAUCCAAACGUUGUUGAAUCCCAAGAGGAAGAAGAGCAAAUCCUGAAAGCCAUCGAAUUGUCUUUGAAAGACUCCAGUUCACCACGAAAAGCCCCUACUGCAUCAAGUGCAUCCCUUUACCCAUCUGUGAAUAUGGCAUCAACUAACCAGUCAGCGUCAAAGGAGCCACGGAAAGUCAGAGCCCUUUAUGACUUUGAGGCAGCAGAAGACAAUGAGCUAACAUUCAGUAGUGGAGAAAUAUUGUUUGUUCUUGAUGAUUCUGACCCAAAUUGGUGGAAAGGAAGUAAUCACAGAGGCGAGGGCUUGUUUCCUGCAAAUUUUGUCACAGCCGAUUUGUCGGUUGAACCCGAAAAAUUUCUAUACGAAAAGGCCAAGAAAAUGGUACAAUUCAAAGAAAGUACAGAUGUGAAAGUGCUCGAGGAAAAACAACCGGAAACGAUGGAAAUAAGUGAGGAAAAGAUUGAUAGAUUGUUGCAUCUAUUACAUGAGGCUGAUCCAACAAACCCGGAAAAUGAUACCGAAGAAAUGUUGAAUUUAGAAAGGGAAGUGAAUGCUAUGGGACCUCUAAUAGAUACUGAGCUAGAACGGGUGGACAGAAAACAUGCACAAUUGACACAGCUGAGUGCAGAUUUAGUUGAAGCCUUGAGCCUGUAUCAUGCCUUGAUGAGGGAGCCUCAGUUAUCCAUGUCAAACAAAGUUGCUUAUGGUUUUCCACCUGCCGCGCCUGGAAUGCAUUACAGCGGCACCUUGCCACCGAUGCACCUGAUGCAGCAGCACGGCCCUCCUCCUCACCAGCAGGUCGCCCCCGUAUCGUCCAACGACAGGAUGCACCCGCACCAGCCGCCCUUCAUGAACAGUCAGCCUGGUGGGGGCCCUGGGCAGGUGCCACCGCAUCCCCACGGUAUCCCAUUCCAGCAGCACAUUCCGCAGUCGGCCAGCGCGGGGCACAUAGCUGGCGCCCCACCUGGCGCCCCGCAUCCGCCGCACCAUGAUGAUAGGAGGCACGAAGCGGGGCCGGCACCGCACCCGCAGCAUCAAGCGGCCAUGCAUUAUAUGGGACCAGGGGUUCCAAAUUUCACCGGCGGACCUGCUGGGGCUGUAUUGCCACCUCCUCAAUUUCAACAGCCUUCUGUCCCGUCGUCCCAAACAAGUCUACAGAAUGGACCUCAUUUUGUUACCUCCAGCACACACGUGGCGCAGUGAGAAAAGCCUGACUGAGGUGACUGAUGCAGCCAAUUCCAUUCAAGUGUGAUCGAUUUGUUAUUUUUUUGCAGAUACUUUACCUGUUAAUGUCUAUACUAUGGAAUAUCCGUUUUUUAUUUAGUAUGCCCAUUUAAGAUUGUUUAUUGCGCAGUGUAGUGAAAUAAUACUAUUUAAGCAAAG